AAGUACCUCGACUUGUCUUUGUGCGACGCGCGAAGACCAACGGAACGCUAGCCACUUCGCACUUACUACCUUUUAGCACUCACCUAACAGAAUCACUCUACACGAGAACGGUGUAAGCGACGCGUUUAUCAGUAUAGUCUCUUACGUUUUUCGUCGCGAGCCGCGGUCGUGGGAAAGCCCGUGCGGAGCGCGUUCCCACACACUCGCGCGGCACAAGCCAACCGAUAAAUUAUCAUAAUUCCAUUGUGAGUGAGACGGUACUAAGAAAUUUUAUACUUCAUCAAUCGCCGCGUUGAAUACAUUAGCGCGUGGGUCGCUUUGUCGAUGUGAUGACGACCGGGAGCGACAAGACCGCCUUGUUUUUCUAUCACGUAUCUUUUAUGACAAGGGUUAAUUUAAGUGGGACUGAUGAUAUAGGUAUAUUGGUACCUAUGGGUGUGAAAAUAAACGGAAUGCUCCACCCACGGUCUAUCGUAAGAGGCGCUCAGCUUUUGAAGGAUUCCCAUAUCGGCUAGGUGUCGAAGACUCUUCAAAUGUCUACUUUUUAAGCCUAAAAGUCCAAAAUGUCGCAUAUUUGGGUUCUUGUGGAGUGGGUGGAUGAAAGUGAUAUGUUCUCAUCGUAUGGGGUUGUUCAAGUGGAUCCCUUGAUGUAUAGUGAGAGUGAGCUGAACCCUGGAAGAGUGUUACUGAUUGGAUUAAGACACGAGGGCACUGCAAGACAUGGCCGGAUUAUUACCUUAUCGGAAAAUAAACACCACGUGAAAGCUCACAAAAAGUUAUUGGAAAGAAAAGAUAGCCAGGUAAAGAAUGUACUCCAGAUGUGCAUGCAGACGAUUAAGGGAAUGCAAUCAGAUCAGUUCCUAGGUGGAGGUCUGAGCUCAAUGAGCAUGAGCAGUACCCACAGUAUGGUGAACGCCCGCGGUGGUCCUUCAAAACCACCGAGGGUUCUGAUGGCAGCCGACUCCGAUGACACCUCUAGCAGCGAUGAAGAUAGUAUGCCGACUCGCAGUAUGAAAUCCUUUUACAAUACGCAUACACUUAAGCCGUCUCUCGUUCGUCGUAAAGAUGCAAGGAGACGUUACAGCAGCAUUUUCAUCUCGCAUGAGGAAAAAGAAAGACCAAUGAUGGCCAGUACCCCAUUACCAAGUUUUAGGUCAGAGACGCCGAAAGUUACCUUCGAUCAAUCUACUCAGACUGAAAACUCAGAUGCAAUUCUUUUUGAGAAAAAACUUCGACAAUUAUACUGCUAUUUUCAAUCACUAACUGCUUCCUUACAACUCUAUAAAGCACCCGGGUGUAGUAUGAUUGAUCGUAUAAUUCUGCCACCGAAAUAUGAUACCACGGAUGUUAACGUAAUAGCCGAAACUGUUGAUAAUAUGACGCUUGAUGAGAUUAUAGCCGAGCUCGAGCCGCCGGUUCAGAUUGAUAUGGAUGAAAUGAUCAGUGAUCUAACUGUCACUGAAGAUGAACAGGAUAUGAAUUUAACAAAUGAAGAAGACAAUCCUGUACCAAAUGAAGUGCGUGUGCGCAGAAUGUCAGCACAGACUACGAAUAGUGUUGACCAAGGAAAUAUUGGUUCUGAUAUGGUACCGAUUGGAAAUGGAAUCGCUGUUGUUCCAGCUAGGCUCUUGAACGAAAUCGACUGGAAUUCCUACACCACAGCGACUAGACAGCUACUGCAGGCAAUUUUUCCACGAAGAACUUUAGCAACUCAUUCGCUUACUGGCAGACCGUCUCCAGCUUUCAUGAACAAACCACCAAAGAAGUGCCUGAAUCCCCAAAUAGUUGAAGACAUCGUGACCACAGUAUCGCAGCGAUGUGGAGUCGAGAAAAGACUUGUUAGGAACAGCAUAACCAUAAAGUGCACGGACGAGGCGAAAUUGUACCGCAACAGGCAGCAGUUCAGGCUAACGCGUUCCGCCCUGAACAAACUCGACGAUUCCGCGCCGCCGUCCACCUCCUCCUCCGACGGUUCUGUGGCUACGAGUUAAAUAAUUCAAUGACAUUAUUAUUAAAUAGGCGAAGUUGUACCACAUCAAGCAGCAGUUCAAGCUGACGCGCUCCGCCCUCGACGAUAUCGCA